GAGCAGCUAUCCAGGUGUCACUUCACAUGCCAAUCCAAGUGGCCCUGGCAACGAGACGGAAAUGCGUUGUCUUCGAAGAUGUGGUGGUGGACUAGAGAUGCCUAGUGAAAUCGGAUCAAUGAGAAGCUUUCAACCCAGCGAGAAUGACAGUGAGUUCCUCACGUUCUCGAACACACAACCCCAUGAAGACGGCAUGAAUAACAAUUUGUUUCAGCGGUUCAACUCUUGGGAAACCUA